AUGGCGCCCUUAAAACUUUUGCAGGAAAUCCAGGUUCGCUCAGAGGGGAGUGUUGAUGCAAAAGACCAAUGGUACAUGAUUGCAGCUGUUGCAAUGGCGGCUGCAGGCGCUGGUCCCGACGUGGCUGAACUGUACCAAAUGGUGACAAAGGGAAUGAGUCUCCCUGACGAGAAGCACGUACAGAGGAGACUCAAAGAGGCAGUUUUGAAAACAAGUAUUUUGUAUGGAGUUCCUCGUUCUUUGCAGGCUCUCCUGCCUCUUUUCGCGACUCUGAAAGAGGAGCAGAUUGAUCACUACGGUCCCAGGACGGAGGCUUUGAAGAAUGGGGAGACAAGCGCGGAGCGACGUGAACGUGGUCGGCGCCAUUUUGACACUCUCUGGACACCUGCAGCAGCACAGUCAAACCGAGACAAGAAUUUCAAAUACCAACCAGACCUAUAUCUGCUGAAUCUGGAGGCUAUAUAUGAGCAGUGGUUGAGUGAGGAUACCAUAUUGAACGCGGUGGAAACUCAGAUGUGCACCACGGCGGCAUUGAUCUGCUCCGGAUCUCCACAGCAGGCAAUGUGGCACACGAGGGGAAUCGUGAGACAUGGGGGUAGUAUAGAAAUGGCGCGCUUUGCCCAGGGCAUAGCAUUGGAUAUUGGACAGGCCUAUGGAUGUAAAGUUGAUAACGUGGUGAAGGCCGAUUAUAUCGACUAUGACGAUCGCACACCUCACUAA